UAAAUAAAGAACAUCGAUAAACCACAUACCUCGAGCGCACAAACGCGCGCGCUGUCUCUCUCUCUCACACACACACACUCACACACACACACACUGCUGCAGCCACGACUCACGCCCCCUGUUUCCGCACGCGGGAUUUUAAAAAUGGGCUGCACGCGCACGAGGCAUGUCGAGGCAUGUCAGAGAGAGAGAGAGAGAGAGAGAGAGAGAGAGAGAGAGAGAUAUGAAGCGGAGACCGGAGGAGGACACGAGCGAGAAAAAGGAGAUGGAUUGUGCAGAAGAUGAAUAUUACCUACACGGUGAAUGCCUUAAGUGUCAGCGGUGUCCACCAGGCCAGGAGCUGAAACAGGACUGCGGAUACGGCCUUGGUGUCAGUGGUGUGUGUGCGCAGUGUGAGAUGCGAUGGUUUAAAGGCGAAUGGGGUUCACAUCCCUGCAGGAUGUGUCAAACAUGCAGACGCCUCAACAGAGAGGAAAUAACACCCUGCAUACACACACACAACGCAGUGUGCGGGGACUGCCUCCCUGGGUUCUACAGUAAAAGAAGAUUGGAUGGACUGCAGGAUUUAGAAUGUCUGCCCUGUGGCCCCGUCCCCUUCAGAAACCCACAGUGCAGAAGUGAAGAGGACAGUGUAAUAAACCCCCGGAGCUCAGAGGCCCCACCCCACAAUGCUGCUCUCUUGAUGACCACCUGUUUGGCAGCAGUUACCAUGGUGACUGUUUUGUUUGUCAUUAUGGUUUUAAUGUACAAAGGAUUCAGCUCACUCAGGAACAUGUUCAAAGGCUGUUUAUCAUCAGUCAGCAGCAGUCACAGUGACACUGCAGCUGCCGCAGUCUUCACAGUCACAGAGCACAGAGUGACCCAGGUAGCUGAAGCACAGGAUCCAGAAUCAUACCAGUCCUCCACCUGUCGGUGUUCAGCCUCCAGCGAGAUAACCUCUAACCUUUGCCCACAUUACUGCUGUGUGUAUGAAUCACUGCCACUUGUGUCCAGCCCCAUCUGCAGUGACAUCACAUCUGGGAUCAUCUCCCAGGCAAAUGGGUUAUCUGACAGUCCCUCAGACCAGCACUGCUCCACAGAUGGCCUGAUCAGCAGGGGGCAGUAUUGUGCAGGUGACCAGCAGUAUGCCUGGGGUAAUCAUGCCCCUGUUGAAUGCUCCGAGCUGGACUUUAUAAACAUCUCUUUUCCCUCGGAGCUCCAAACCUCUGCAGUCACGCACAACCAGCUUUCCCUCCCAACACAAACUUCACCCAACCUGAAGCUGGGGGGAGGAGAAAAGGGAGAAGAAGGAGAAAGUGAUGGAGCGAAGAGAAGCAGCUGUGGAGAGGCUGCUGCCAAAGGUGUCACCCUGACAACUGAAUCGCAUUUAUUGGAAAAAAGUUGGACGUCCCUGCAACGAGUGCCAUUAGGAUCUCUUCCUCUCUGGCUGGUGAAACGUCUGGCACAGAAACUGGACCCUGCGUAUUCUGAUCAUCUCAGCACCUACCAGAAGGUGGCGAUGCAGCUGGGAGUACAGUCUGAUGUUUUGAAUGAACUACAUGGUUUUGAGCAGCUUUUUCAUUUCCUGUCGUCCACUACGCUGCUGACUGUUUCAGAUUUACUACAGGCUCUCAGAAACACCCAGAGAGUCGACGCCCUGCUGCUGGUUAGCAAAUAUGCUAAAAACAUUACUGCGGUUAAUGAUUUUAGCAGUGAUGCUAGAAUCAGCAGGAACAGCACGAUACAUAAUGCAAAUAGAGCAAAUACAGCCCUUAGCAUACAGAUAGAUAGCAGUUCAAAUGGCUGAGAAAUGUUGUAUUAUUAAGAAAGCUGCUAUCACAAAUUCGUAAAUGAACUGUGAUUGUGGUAUCUGUCGUUCUGACUGACACCAGGCUGAAUACGCUACCGGGUGUAAUCACAGCUGACAUCAUUUCGGUAUUACAAACUUAAGCUGUGCAUCAACAGCUCCUGAGGCCUGCUAAUCACAGCAUGGAGGUGUGGUUUUAACAAGAAAAAAUAAUCACUCAUUAGCGCCUUAUACGCUAAUUUGUUCAGCUGCAGGAAUGUUAAAAAAAGAUUUCUCAUUAUUAUCUUUGUGUUUUAAGUAAAAUGAGUGGAAAUGCGUUUUAGCAGACAGUCCAGGCCAGACAUAGCAGGCGGUGUCCUAUUUCAGGUAAAUCUGUUCCUACCUGUUUAGGAAUUUAGGUCAGAAUUAAAGAUUGAUGCUAAUGUUUAACUUUAGCGCUAGCAUUCCUAACAUAAACACUAGUAGGGUGUGAGACAUGGCUUUGCAAACCACACUUUGGGAGUUUGGGAGAAAAUAAAUAUUUGAACGCUCUUUGCUUUAAUUACUUCAGGAAUUUUCCAUGCUUGUGUUGAAUGAUAUUCAUUCAUUUUUUUAAAACAGAUUUAAUGGAGGCAUUAAAAUAUGUAAAAAAAAAUAUUAAAACAGAAAAGUGUUUCAGGUCGUAUUUUACAGUUUUUGUACAUGAGGUUUUUGCCCUUACAAAAAAAGUCAUGCUUAAUAGUUUCUAGUAUAAAAUAAUAAAAAAUAUAUGUGUUUAAUUCACAUAAGGGAGUUUAAAUUAUGCUGUUUACUGAUUUCACUUUAUUUGGAUUGUACAUUUUCUGCAUAAUGUACAGUCCAGUGUUUAAGAGGGAAAAAGUGGUUAAAAAAAGGAUGGCAGAAAAAAAAACAUAAAAAAUAUGAAUACAGAAAGUGAUUUGACCAACUAGUUAUAAACACUGCAGUGUUUGACCAUGGUUUUGAGAAGCUUUUGGGUGUAAAAUCAAUUCAUGGUGGAGGGGCACUGUGUGGAAAAAGUCCCCAAUUGACAUUGAUUUUUUUUAUUAUUUUUUUUUUUUAGAUUUGCCACAUUUUACCAUCAGUAUUCCACAAAACCACUACAGUGUAGCUACACUGAUGGGAGUGAAUAUUAAAUGAAAAUGCUUUAUUUUAUUAAUAAUGGUCACAUUCCCAGUUGAGCAAAGUUUCUCUACUGUGAACCCCAAUUGUAUAUUCAUCCCCACUCUGAAUGUAUUCAUCUCAACUACUGUAUUAUUAAAAAAGUGAAGAAUUGAUAGAAUUCUCCAUCACCUCCAUGUCCUUAUGGAACUUUGUUUUAUUAUAAAAGUGUUGCUGCUGACAAUUGUUUACUUUAAAUAAAAUCUCAGCUUAUUUUUCAAGGCAAAUUUACAUGACAUAUGUACAUUUCAAAUGUUAAAUAUAUUUUGGCUGUUUACUUGAGUUCGUAGAUGUUUAAUUUAAUGUCUGCAGGUGCUAAAUGUUGUUCCAUAGAGCCCAACAGAAAUGUGAUUUUCAGUAUUUUUUACAAACAAAAUUACAGUCAAGAACGGUAAAUGCAUUUGUGAGUUUAUAUUUUUAAAUGACUUUUUAAAUGUGAUAUAAAUUAUAAGUAGCAACACUGUAAAAAACAAGUGAUUAUUACAAUAUGAUUCAUACUUUGCUUAAGUUGAUCUAACAGGAUUCAGUUUCAUUGCUGCCCAGUAAAAAACAUGUAUUUUCAUUUUGUCUGUUUGCUUUGUUCGCCAUCAUUUGAAUCCUGUAUCUGCUCUAUACACUGUGUAAAUAAUUCUGGAUGAAUAAAACAGAAGAAGUGCUCUAAAAUUAAUUGGGGUAGAAAAGUCUUAUUUUCUACUGACUUUCAUUAAAAGUUAGGAACAUUUUGCCUUCUCCUGUAAAGUGUGAAGAAAUACACAUUUUUUAUUGGACAGCAAAAUCCAAAAAUAGAUGCAUUAGAAGGCUGUUUAUAUUAUAAAAUACUUUGUAUUUGCCAUUUUGUUGAAUGUUGUUUACUGUUGUUCUUAUUGCUCCCUGUUUUUUUUUUUACACUGUCUGAUCUACAAAUUCAUCUUGCAGUAAACUUGAACUGAAUCUGUAA